UGAGCUGUUGCUCCGGCUCAUGCAAACCAACAAGCCACCACCGCAUGCGGUUUUCACAGUACAGCCCAACACCGCCUGCCGGCCAUAAAAGCCGGCCUCCAUCUCCCCAACCCCACCGCCAGCAAAGAGAACGAGAGACAGACCGUGAUAUGGCAGAUUUGCUGAGUACAGGUCUCGGAGGAGGUGGGGGUGGCGAUGGUGGUGAGAGGAUCAAAGGGUCGUGGAGCCCGGAGGAGGACGCUGCCCUCAGCGAGCUCGUGGCAAGACACGGGCCCCGCAACUGGUCGCUCAUUAGCGCCGGCGUGCCCGGCCGCUCCGGCAAAUCCUGCCGGCUUAGGUGGUGCAACCAGCUGAGCCCCCAGGUCCAGCACCGCCCCUUCUCCGCCCAGGAGGACGCCGUCAUUGUCCAGGCUCACGCCCGCCACGGCAACAAGUGGGCUUCCAUCGCUCGCCUCCUGCCCGGUCGAACGGACAACGCUGUUAAAAACCAUUGGAACUCCACCCUCAAGCGCCGCUCCCCCUCGACCACCGCCACCAACUGCGAUGUUCUCUCUGAGACCGAGGGACUGAAGAAGCCGCGGCGGCAAUCGAUUUCGGUGUCUGAGAGCAGCUCCGUCGAGCCGCCGACUUGCUUGCAACUUUUCCCGACCGCUGAGGAGGCGAAUGGGGCGGCGGCGCCCGUUUCGUUGCAGCCGAAGAUGGCAGACGAGGUGGAGUCGGGGAGCAGCAGGAGAAGAGAAGGGGAGGCAAAGGAAAUGAACGAGAUGAGAGAGAUGUAUCUGUUGUCUGUGAUCCAUGACAUGGUCGCCAAGGAGGUGGAGAGAUACAUUAGUAGCAAUUUCAUUGUAAGAAAUAUCGGAUAGAAGUUCCAUCCGUCUCUCAACGAUCUUAUGGCGCUCAUAUUGCUACUGAUCAUGGGACUCUUCAAUGAGAAUUGUUAAA